AUGACAAAUUUAACUUCAUUUGAUUCUUUACUACCUGAAUUUGAAUCUUUACCACGUUGGUUACUUAUUCCAUUUGUAAUAAUAUCAAUAAUUGAAAGUAUUAUUGGUGUUAUUGGAAAUAUUCUUGUUAUACUUAUUUUAUUAUUUUUUGGUAAAUCAAAUACACUUCAAGCAUUACAUAAUUGUUUUAUUAUUAAUUUAGCCUUAAGUGAUUUUGUUUUAUGUUUAUUUACAAUGCCUUUAAAUACUUAUCGAAGUUUAUAUAUUUAUAUGGCAUUUCCACCAGCAUUUUGUAAAUUAGCAGAUAGUUUUCCAGCUAUAAAUAUAUGUGUAUCAUCAUUAACUAUUGUUACAAUAUCAAUAUAUCGUUAUUUAUUAGUUUAUUAUCCACAUAAACAAUCAAUUGGAACACUUUCAACAUGUAUUAUUAUGAUUUCUAUAUGGUUGUUAGCUAUUUGUGCAGCUAGUCCACUUUUUAUUUAUUCUCGUUCAAUACCAGCUUAUGAUGAAUCUUUAAUUGAUACAUUAGUUAAAGAUAUUUGUACUGAAUCAUUAGAUAAUUCAUGUGAAACAAAAUAUUCAAUAGCAUAUAAACGUUUACAUGUUUGUCAUGAAUCAUGGCCUAAACAAAGUGAAUUACAUCUUUUAUAUACAAUAUUUAUGCUUUUUCUUCAAUUUAUUCUUCCAAUUUUUAUUAUUUGUAUUACUUAUUAUCAAAUUAUGGUUAAAUUAAGAGAACGUUUUCGAUUUCGUUUUCUCAUGAAACGUCAUAAUAUUGCUUCAUUACGUCAUGAAAUUCGUCGACAACGUCGAAAUAAUGUACUUCUUUUACUUAUUGUAUCAUUAUAUGCAAUUAGUUGGUUACCAUUUAAUAUUUCAUAUAUUUUAUUUACAUAUGCUAAUCGAUUUCAUGUAGCAGGCGAUAUUCAUUCUCUUUCGGAUCAAAAAUCUAAUGAAUUAUCAAAAUAUUUUCCAUUACGUUUUCUUAUAUGUAUGAUAUCAGCAAUAACAAAUCCAUUUCUUUAUAGUUAUUUUAAUGAAACAUUUAAAGAUGGUUUACAAAAACUUUUUUCAUCAUGUUGUCCACGAAUAAAUAGAGAAAUAAAUCAAAUUUCUUUUGAUACAACUAUAUGUUCAACAAAUCAAAUAAACUUAGACAAAAUUAGUCUUCAUAAUAGACAAUCAAAUUUAUUGUACAAUCAACCAUUAAAAAUAUUUAAUGGAAAUCUAAAACAUAAUUCAUCAGUUUCUCGACUAACUAAUGAUCAAUCAACAAAACUAACUAUUUUAAGUUCAACUAAUUUUCCUACAUCGAUUUCAUCUGCUAUGUAA